CAACGAAUUUUGCGAACGAAAAACCAAACUUGCAUCGCCGAGCGCCAUAUCACCCGAGAAGAGCCCGAAGCGUCUCCGCAGAAAUGGCGGCGGACGCCUCCAUCCCCUCCUUCUCCCACCACCUCCUCCUCCACCGCCGCCCGCGGCGGAGCGCCCAUCCCUCCCCGGCCCUGGAUUACGACGACGAUUUCCCCUUCUGGUCCCACCACCUCCACCGCCGCCACCAAUAUCGCGACGCUCCGUUCGAUGUCUACGCUGACGAUCCCUUCCCGCCCCUCCCCGCAGAUCCGAUCGCCGCCGCCCGAUCCCAUCCCUCCGGCGACGACGUUCUUGUGUUCGGUGCCGAUUCUCCGGAUCUCUUCCGCGGGCCCGGGAGCCAGGCCGAUUUCGUCAUGGACCUGUUUCAUCAGCGCGUGGAGCAGUCCCAGGUAAUGGACGGCGACGGCUCCGAUUUAGUCUUGGGUUCGUUGAAUGAGUCCAAUUUUGCUGUCAUUGAGGGAAGUGGCGAAUUGAGCGUCGACAAUUCGGAGGUAGGUUUAGGUUUAGGUUUAGGUUUAGGAUUGGGGUUUGGAUUGGAGAGGAACGAUGACGGGUCUUUCGUUGUCGAGCAUUGUUACGGCGAGCGUGAUGAUGGUGAUGACGUCUUCUUUGUGGAGAGGAGGUUUUCCGGCGGAGCACGGUCCGCAGCCAGUGGUGUGGUGGAGCCCUAUGGUGGUGGGAGGUUUGAGUCCGAUUCAGAAUUGGAGAAUGAUGACAGGGCCGGUUUGUGCUUUGAGGAUGACGAGUAUGGGUUCGAUUGCGAUCAUAAUGAGAAUGAUGAUCUUGCGAGCAACCCUCUGUUUUGGGAUUCUCUAAACAUGGAGGACGAUGAGGAGGAGGUUCAUGAUGAUUUUGACUGGGACGAAGUAGAUGGUCGCGCCAACGAGAGAGAGACUUCGAGCUUGUUUGUUCAUGCCGUUGGCAGUGUUAGGUCCAAUUCGACCUCGACGCCCGUAGUUGCAGCUGAGGAUGGUGACGGAGUGAGGGUGGAAAGAGUGGGAGGUCUGGGGAAUGUGGAGUGGGAGGUUCUGUUGAAUGCUAACAACUUGCUUUUGGAUCCAGAUUUGGAAAAUGAGGAACCUUCAUUCACUGACCGUGCUUACUUUCAUGGGGCAGACAGUGAGAUUUUGGUUGGGCAAGUGAUGGAGAGUGAGAGUGCUUCUAGGGGUAUGCUGCCAGCUUCUCAAUCAGUGAUUGAGAAUCUCCCUACUGUAGUUUUAGGUCGAGGGGAUGUGGAGAAGAACGAGGGGCUUUGCCCCGUAUGCAAAGACGAGUUUGAGGAAGGGGAGAAGGCCAUCGAUCUGCCUUGCAGUCAUAGAUACCACUCAGACUGCAUCCUAACGUGGCUGCGCAUGAGAAGUACUUGCCCUGUUUGUCGUUAUGAAUUGCCCACCGACGAAUCUGAUAAUGAGGGUAGAAGGAUGCUGCAGAGAGCAUGACUUGAUCUUUUUGGUCAUGGACUGAGGUCAGGUACAAUUCUUAAAAUCUUGCCAAGUAUCAGGUUUUUGUGAAAUUGGGCAGCAUCAUGCGGUGGCAUCCAUCCUCAUCUGCUUCAUUAGGAUGACGUGCUCGAUAUCGCUAUUUUUUAUUAUUGUGUUUGUAAAGGAUGUUAUUCCUGCUAUGUGCUGGGCCUUUUUCCUUUUUAUUAUCUCGUAGUGAGAAGAAAAGGGGUGGGAACUACAACUUGCUAGUAUUAUAUCGUACAUGGUUGAUCUUUUGCUAUUUCACCUUAAUGAGAAGGGACUAUUUUAUGGGUU